AAGGCAGCAACAACCACACACACGGCCAGCCACGGAGGCUGCUCCGGCCAUGGCAAAUGUCUGCAUGAACUUGAGCUUGAGCGCAGUCUAGUGACACCGAUCGGUGGUUUUCGUAUAAAUACUGGACCUUUCGGUGAUGCAAACGUCAGACACAACUCAGUGGUCGAAGUCAAAGAACUAAAUUCAAAAUGCGUGCAUUCAUUGUUAUGUGCUUGGUGGCAGUCGCCUGCGCCGAUAAGCUCGGCUACAACUACCAGCCCGUGGGCCACUCCAACUCCGGCCUGUCCUUCGCUCCUGGAAGCGGCAGCAUCGGCGGUGGCAGCAUUGGCGGUGGAAGCAUCGGUGGUGGAGGCAUUGGAGGAGGAAGCAUUGGAGGAGGACUCCAAGGACUGGGAGGUGGUCUAGGUGGUGGCAGCAUUGGCGGCGGAUCCCUGGGCGGUGGCUCUCUGGGCGGUGGCAGCAUUGGCGGUGGAUCCCUCGGUGGUCUGGGCAGCCUUGGCGGUCUGGGCGGCCUCGGUGGUCAGUCCAACGAUGCUAUCAGCGCUCCCGUCUCCUACAACGCCCCUGCCCCAGCUGCUGAGCUCGAGAAGGAGUUCUUCACCUUCACUGCCAACGAACAGGACUUCGAUGAGCCCCAGGCUUUGGAACGCGUCUCUAGCUCUCUGAACAAGGCCCUCCGCGUCGUCUUCAUCAAGGGACCCGAGAACCGUGGCCUGGAGAACGCUGCUCUGGCUCUGGCCAAGCAGGCUGCCCAGCAGGAGACCGCCAUCUAUGUCCUCAACAAGCAGGCUGACAUCGGAGAUCUGGCCAACAAACUGAAUGCCAUCCGCAGCAACAACAACAACAAGCCCGAGGUGCACUUCGUCAAGUACCGCACUCCCGAGGACGCUGCCAACGCUCAGCGCGCCAUCCAGGGUCAGUACGAUCAGCUCGGUGGAUCCUCCCAGGCUCACAACGGUGGUGUUGCCCCCGUCCUGAACUUCGCCUCCGCUGGUCCAGUGCGUCAGGCUACCGCCCAGAACCCCGACAACUCCUACCUGCCAUCUUCGGUCUUCCGUCGCGUCUAAGUUGCUCGUUUGAUUCUGUAAUUCUGAAUCGAAAACGCCAGCGAUCUUUGACUGAUUUUAAAUCCUAGUUAUUGUUGACUAAUGCAUAAAUAAAUUUCAAUUUUUACCAUUUAAAA